AUGGCUAAUGUAACUCCAAUAUUUAAAAUGGGCUCUAGAGGUGAUCCCAGCAGUUAUGGACCGGCAAAGCAAGGAGAGGGGGAAACUUCACCCAAACUUCAUGUAGAUAAGGGAUUUGUGAAUAUUUUGAUGACAAGUUUCUUGCAGUAUAUUUCAAGGGAAGUGAGCCUGCCUAAUGAUGAACCAGAUUCUUCAUCUGCUCCUUCUAAAGAGCAGUUAGAGCAGGAAAAACAACUGCUUCUUUCCUUCAAGCCAGUAAUGCAGAAGUUUCUUUAUGACUAUGUUGAUCUACAAGGGAGUGCUCUGUAUGCACUUCAGGUGCACUGCUACAACAACAACUUUCCAAAAGGCAUGUUACUGCACUUUUUUGUUCAUUUCUAUGACAUGGAAAUUAUUGAAGAGGAAGCCUUUUUGGCAUGGAAAGAGGAUAUUUCUCAAGAGUUUCCAGGGAAGGGCAAAGCUUUAUUCCAGGUAAACCAGUGGCUAACCUGGCUGGAAACUGCUGAAGAAGAAGAAUCUGAAGAAGAAGCUGACUAAAGAACCAGCCAAAGCCUUAAAUUUGUGCAAACACUGUUGCUAUGAUGUAACUGUAUUGGAUCUAACCACUGCGAAAAUUCAUUCCGCUGUAAUGUUUCACAAUAUUUAAAGCAGAAGCAUGUCAAUAGGAUGUUCUUCUGCAUAAGGUUUUUGUAGUAUGUCUUAAUCAUAGUCUACCAUAAAAUAUUUUAGAGUAUCUUUAAUGUUUAGAUAACAGUGUAUUAGCAGCAUGCAAUAAUUACAUCAUAAGUUCUCAAGCAGAAGCAGUCUAUUGCAAGGGUUUUCUUUGCUGCCAGUUAUCAUAGGCUGUUAAGUUAGAAAACUGAAUA